CUGUAAGGGGAAGAUGUGCCUAUCCCACUUGAGUUGACUGCCUUCAUACCUCCACGUCGUCAUGGGACUGCGAGGAUCUAAACCACCAGAAGCCCAAGUUCUCCUUCUGGGCCUGGACAACGCUGGGAAAUCGACUCUCCUCUACAAACUGAAACACAACGCGUGCGUCAGCACGGUUCCUACCAUUGGCUUCAACGUGGAAAUGCUCGAGGCGAGAAAGAACAGGAAGAACAUCGCCUUAACCGUGUGGGACGUAGGUGGUCAGACAAAGAUGCGCGAGCACUGGAAGAGUUUCCACCAGGAAACAGCAGCUGUCGUUUUUGUCGUGGACAGCUCGGACAGGGAGCGUCUGAAGGAGGCGCGGAGGGAGCUGGAGAACACACUGAGGAGUGAGCAGCUGCGGGGCUGUCCGCUGAUUCUUCUCGGCAACAAACAGGACGUGAACGGCGCCCUGACUGUCACUGAAAUCAAGGACAGGUUUAACCUGCGAAAGAUUUGCUCAGAUCGAGAUUGGUUCGUUCAGCCUUGUUCCGCAUCGACGGGAGUUGGAGUCGAAGAGGCUUUCAGACGAGUGGUCCAAAUGGUCAAACUCCCAUCAGACUCUGGGGCGAUGAGAGACAAUAUCAAGGAAACAGUGCACUACCUCAGAGCGAAUAGCAGACAUUAAGUUUUAUUUAUAUCAAAUGUGCUAUUUUCGAACCAUUGACAAUCUGACAAAUUAAUUGAAUGAGUUUCUUCUAAAUAUAAACUCCUUUAUACCAACAAUAAAUUAUAUGUUAAGAGAUCAGA